CCUGCUCGCUCCAAAGAGAGCCCCGCGCUAUUAGCGAGCAAACUCUCCUGCGCGGGAGUCGCCGGGCGAGCGAGCUCCUUGAACACGUUAAGCUAUGAACCCCCCCGCCCCCGCUGCCGCCCGCCAGAUGAGGUGAGCAUGUCUGCCGACAAGUCCAAAUGAUAUUUUCAGGUAUUCUACUGAUCUUGGCAGUGACAGAAGAAUUAAUAUUUGCUGUUCAGGUGCUGUCUCCGAGUUUGGCAUCAUCUUGGGGCCUCCUGACAGACAGUAGUAAUAUUUCAGCAAUGGGGACAACUCCUGGAUAUAAAGGCCAUCACACAGCCAAAACUUUACCUACAGUAACUCGUGCAAACUUUUAUUCUACUAGUUCGGUGGAGACUUUUGCUUCUUCAGUUGGCCAGAAGAAAAGAACCAGCAGCUAUCCUAUUGGCAACAAAGAACCGUAUCACUUAUAUAACCAGAGUGCUUUGUUUCCUGGAAAGAUUCGCGCAAAAGGGAAAAUGGUUCAGAUUGUCCAUGGAAAUUCCACAGAUUUUACAGAGCCUCAUCUAAAGACAGAACUGCAUUCCUCUGCUACCACAAGGAACUGGUCUCCAAGUCAUCCACUUCAACCUCAAACUACAGCCCACAGCAGUCCUAAUAACACGGUAUUGAUAACCACACCAGAUUCUGUGGCUUCCUUCUACAGUGAUGCCUUGGAAGGUCUUAACAAAGGAGAGAAAGAGGGCUUAUCAGAACUGGUUAAGCAAGAAACCAAUCUUGUUACCCCAGUGACUGGCCCAUCAGCUGCUCCAGAAAUAGGGACAGUGCCUUUCAAAACCCCACAGCAUGGCAUAUGGGAAAUCCUGAGCAAAAAUAAUUCUUGGGGCAUCUCAAACCAGAGUAUAAACCAGGUACCCUUUUUUUCUAGCCCUGGGACAGUAGCAGCAACAGCAACAACUACAACAACAACAACAACAACAUUUGUUCAUUCUGGUCAAACUGGAACAAAUGUCGAUGCUUCCUCUUUGCAUACAACAGGAAGCUCUAAUCAUGGAACAUCAGCUACACUGUAUCCUUUGUGGCAUAAUGCCAACUUGCCAAGCAGUGCGCCCUCUACAGAACCAUCCACGUGGAUGUCAAGUUCCCCUUCCACAGCAACAGGAAACUUCCUAAACAGACUUGUGCCUGCUGGAACCCGGAAGCCUGGUAUGCCAGGGAACAUUUCUCAUGUCACAGAAGGGGACAAACCCCAGCACAGAACAACCAUUUGUCUCAGCAAAGUGGAUAUAGCAUGGAUCAUCUUGGCCAUCAGUGUACCAAUAUCUUCAUGCUCUGUCCUACUAACUGUCUGCUGCAUGCGGAGAAAGAAGAAGACAUCUAACCCAGAGAACAACCUGAGCUAUUGGAACAAUGCCAUCACCAUGGACUACUUCAACAAGCAUGCCGUAGAAUUGCCAAGAGAGAUACAAUCCCUUGAAACAUCAGAGGAUCAUCUGUCCGAGCCACGCUCCCCAGCUAAUGGUGAUUAUAGGGACACUGGCAUGGUCCUUGUGAACCCAUUUUGUCAAGAAACACUCUUUGUAGGACGUGAACAGAUUUCUGAAAUAUGACUCCCUGCUUCACCAUCUUUAUGGGCUCCUGAUUAUAAAUAUAUACAUAUAUAUAUUAUAAAUAUAACCUUUGUGUAACCCUGAAUUAUGAGAAACAUUUUCAGCUUCCCCAAUGCUCAAGAAUUAUCAACCUCUUUUUUAUAAGUGUGAUUGAAAACUUUACAGACCAGACUUCAGCUUUAUAAAAUAAAAGCUAUUUCUAGGCCAAAAAGAAAAAAGAAAAUAAGUUUGCUGAACUAAUUUUUGUCACCUCGACUGAAUGCUUUCGAUUCAUAUAUGGAUUGUAUGGAAUCAAGUCCUGUUUAAUUCUUUCAAGCAUUUUAUACGCAUCCCCCCUCCCUUUCACAAGCCU